UGACAGUUCUCCAGGCAUUAGAGGAUGGACUGAAGAGAGCAGAUGCAGAUCCUUCAGUGAAAGCUGUUACGAUUUGCGGUGAAAAUGGGAAAUUCAGUGCAGGAGCUGACAUUCGAGGAUUUUCUUCUCCGAAGAGACAGGGUAUUGCCUUGGGCCCCAUCAUUUCUCUCAUAGAAAGGAGUGAGAAGCCUGUGGUGGCUGCCAUUGAAGGCAUUGCCUUGGGAGGAGGCCUGGAGGUGGCACUUGGCUGUCACUAUCGGAUUGCACAUGUGAAGGCACAGAUGGGUUUACCAGAGGUCACCAUUGGGUUACUUCCAGGUGCUGAAGGCACUCAGCGACUACCCAGACUGAUUGGGGUACCAGCUGCUCUAGAUAUAAUCACUACAGGAAGACACAUUCCAGCAACUGAAGCACUGAAGCUGGGCUUGGUUGAUGAAAUUGUGGAAGAAAACACAGUUGAGGCAGCAAUUCGCUUGGCAAACAAAGUGAUUGGCCAGCCAUUGGGACCCCACAGGCUCAGCCUGAAGCCAGUUCCAAAAUUGCCCAACAUGGAAGCAUUUCUCAGUGAGGCUCUUGUGAAGGUGAAGAAACAGGCCCACGGGUGCCUGGCUCCAGAGCUGUGCUUCCAGGCAGUCAAAGCUGCCACAGAGCAGCCCUUUGCAGAUGGAGUCCGGAAGGAGCGAGAGCUGUUUAACAUCCUGCUGACUUCAGGCCAGGCCCAAGCACUGCAGUAUGCUUUCUUCGCAGAGAGAGCAGUGCAGAAGUGGACAACACCCAGUGGAGCUUCAUGGAAAAGUGCUUCCCCUCAGCCCAUCUGCAAAGCAGCUGUGAUAGGGCUAGGAACAAUGGGCCGAGGCAUUGUGACUUCUCUGGUUAAGGCCAACAUACCUGUGGUAGCCCUCGAGCAGAAUCUGGAGUAUCUGAACACAGGAAGAAAAGCUGUGAUGCUCCUUUUGGAACGUGAGGCUAUGAAAAUGGAGCAGGGUGCCCAAACCCUGGAUUUCCAUAACCCUGCACGUCUCCAGUUCACUGUGGACUUUGAUGUGUUGCAGGAUGUAGAUCUAGUUAUUGAGGCUGUGUUUGAGAACAUGGCACUAAAGAAGGAAAUAUUCCAUAAGCUAUCAAGAAUCUGCAAGCCAGGGGCCUUUCUGUGUACAAACACAUCAGCCCUGAACAUUGAUGAAAUAGCUUCUGCCACGAGCCACCCACAGCAGGUCAUUGGCACGCACUUCUUCUCCCCUGCUCAUGUGAUGAGGCUAUUAGAAAUAAUCUAUGGCCAUCACACAUCCCCCACUACCAUUGCCACUGCCAUGCAGCUAGCCAAAGCACUGAAAAAAGUUGGAGUGGUGGUAGGGAAUUGUUUUGGGUUUGUUGGGAACCGAAUGAUGUUUCCAUACGUUCAACAGGCAGUUUUUCUUUUAGAGGAAGGAAGCAGACCAGAAGCCGUAGAUCAGGUUCUUGAAGAUUUUGGGUUUAAGAUAGGACCUUUCCGAAUGUCUGACCUUGCUGGGCUGGAUGUGGGCUGGAGGUCUCGAAAGGGCCAGGGCCUCACCGGCGCCUUAAUACCUCCAGGAACACCUGCCCGCCAGCGGCAUGGCCAUCGCUACAGCCCACUGCCAGAUCUUUUGUGUGAGAAUGGCAGGUUCGGCCAGAAAACUGGAAAAGGCUGGUAUCAGUAUGAGAAGGCUGGGGGCAGGACAGCCAAGCCAGAUCCAUGGCUUCACAACUUCCUGGCCCAGUACAGAGACACCGCAGUUUUUCUUUUAGAGGAAGGAAGCAGACCAGAAGCCGUAGAUCAGGUUCUUGAAGAUUUUGGGUUUAAGAUAGGACCUUUCCGAAUGUCUGACCUUGCUGGGCUGGAUGUGGGCUGGAGGUCUCGAAAGGGCCAGGGCCUCACCGGCGCCUUAAUACCUCCAGGAACACCUGCCCGCCAGCGGCAUGGCCAUCGCUACAGCCCACUGCCAGAUCUUUUGUGUGAGAAUGGCAGGUUCGGCCAGAAAACUGGAAAAGGCUGGUAUCAGUAUGAGAAGGCUGGGGGCAGGACAGCCAAGCCAGAUCCAUGGCUUCACAACUUCCUGGCCCAGUACAGAGACACCCAUCACAUCAAGACCCGCUUUAUAGAUCAGGAGGAAAUCCUGGAGCGGUGUUUGUUUUCCCUCAUCAAUGAAGGGUUUGACAUCCUGGCUGAGGGAAUAGCAUCUGGCCCAGAACACCUGGAUGUAAUUUAUAUCAAUGGCUAUGGGUGGCCAAAGCAUAGGGGUGGUCCCAUGUUCUAUGCUUCCACUGUUGGGCUCCCUCGCUUUCUGGCUAAACUGCAGAAAUACUCCGAGGUCCACCCUGAUGUUCCUGGGCUACGGCCCAGUGCCUUUCUGAAAAAGCUGGUAGCUAUGGGGAACCCUCCCCUCAAAGAGUGGAUGUCCUACCUAAGCCGGCAGAGCAACAAGCUGUGAUUUCGUUGAUGCCUGCUAUAUAAAUUCAAUGGAAGCUGAUCUCAUGAAAUAGGUGCUGUAAUUGCACUGUCUUUUCCAAUCAAAACCAAAGUGCUACAGGCUCAUAAACAAUGUCACUGACCCUCCUGGGCCUUUGCAAAGAAUAACUUUGGCCGAUGAUUGAUCUCAAUCUCCCUCUUGCUGCAGGUAACCACUGCCAUCACCCACCCUUCCCACCACCAGCCUUACCCACCUGCUUUGCACAUUGCUGUGUAAAGGCCCAUCUCAUUUUGCUCUGCCUUCAGGUCGUCACAGCUGUACACCUCUUCCAGUCUGUCUUUGCGGAAGGGAGGGAGCAGCAUCUACAGCCCACAAAGCAAAUCAGGGUAGGAGGCAAGAGAGAGAUGGUCACAAUUCACCUGAGAGUGACUGGAUCUGCCAGAUCCUGCCCUAAGUCUGUUUCCCAGUUUGUUCAAGUCUCCUGUACAGCCCACCUCUACUGGAUUCCCUGGCUCUCCCAAAGACAGCCAGCUGGAACCUGCUGCCUUCCCACUGCUGUGGGAGAGACCGCAAGGGCGCAGCACCUUUCAGAGGUAAAGUCAAAUGAAUUGGAGAGAGCAGGUUUGGGCAGAGAGCAAGGGGCAGGGCUGGUACCAUCCCUCCUCCCUGCUGCAGAGGAAAUUCUAAUAAAUGACAGAAAAGCCACAAAUGCAUUGACCUGACUAACCUGCCCUGUGGUGUUGGCUUACGACUGGCCUUCUGCAUCCAGACUCCAUCCUCCGUUAUCGUUAUCCCCACCCAGCUUUGUCCAAGCAGAAAUAUCUUCUGGCAUCUCUUAAGUGUGGAUAUGUGUUGCCAUCACUCCCCCAUCUUGCCUGCCUACAGCUACCAGGUCUUGGAACUCAGCAUGCCCUAAUUGACCAGACUGAAGCCUGGCCUGGCACUUACUAGGUUUUCACAUGGGCAGAAGGCACACUGGAAAGUACACGGCUCAAGAGCUGUGUAGGCAAGAAUGUUGCUGCAGGCACGCAGGCAGGCGGCAGAUCUCUAGCAGAGAGCAGAGAGAGAGUGAGCCGAACUUGCUCCAGGCUUGAUGCUUUGGGACAAAGUCUCCCAUUUCUUGUGUCUAAUGAAUAUAUCUUCUAGUCCAGUGUGGGGAAUAGGUUGGUCUGGGUUCCCUUCUCAGGGAGAUUAUAAUUGGGUGUCUAACUUAUGCUUUUUAUUUUAAUAAAAGUGCUUGGAUUAUCUCAUGACAGAUUAUAUGAUACAUAAAAGUAGAAAAGUAGAA